GAGCCGAAGGUUCUCACAGCUGCUUGGGUUACGUGUUACUGGUCAUCUAGCCAUCUCUGUGUUUUUGGUUCAAAAGACAAUAUUUGGGCUCACUUCUAUACAAAAUCAACCUUGAUGAUAUCAGAUACUAUCCCCAACAAAAACCUUUCUCUCAGUCAGUUGGUUAAUUGAUGAAUCAUCAGAAUUUGUAAUGACCCAGAUUUCCUGAGGUAGUUCCAGCCUGCUGCUGCUGCUGGCCCUAUCCCGCAAUCUGGGUAGGGCCAGGAAGCAGAUUAAUCCAUUUGCCAAAACGAAAGGAUGACCAUGUCUGGAAAAGAUAAAGAACCAGAGGCAAUUCUUACAGAGUGGAGACUCAAGGGCAAUCAGGCUUUUGCAAAGGGUGAUCUAAGAGAAGCAGAGGAAUGCUACACAAGCGGAUUGAACUGUGUUUCUCCCAAUGAGAAGUCCAUGGCAUGCAUUGAAGCUAUGGUGCUGUGUUAUAGCAACCGUGCUGCAGCAAGGAUGCAUCUUGGAAGGAUGAGAGAGGCACUAGUGGACUGCAUGGCAGCCCUUGCACUAGAGCCAGAAUCUCACAAGGUUCAACUCAGAGCUGCAAAUUGUUAUCUUGAGUUGGGGGAAAUUGAAGAAGCAACAAAAUAUUUCAUGAAACUGAAGUUGCAGUCGAGCCUUGGUGUUCACUUGGACAGAAAACUUGUGACAGAGGCUUUUGAUGGUUUGCAGAAAGCUGUACAAGUCUCUGAUUAUAUGGAUCAGACUGCUCUACUUUUGCAGGAGAAGACAUCAGUGGAUGCAGAAAGGGCACUGGAAGUAAUCUCAAAGGGUCUUUCCAUAAGCCACCACUCAGACAAAUUAAUUGAAAUGAAAGCAGAGGCUCUCUUGAAGAUGCAAAAGUAUGAAGAUGUUAUUGAAUUGUGUGAGCAGACUCUUGAUUCAGCACAGAAAAAUUCUAUCCCAGUAAGCGCUGGUGGAACCAAAAGCUCAGCCAUCUCUCCGGUGAGGCUCUGGCGGUGGCGCCUAAUCUCUAAGUCAUACUUUUAUUUAGGAAAGCUUGAGGAGGCUCUGGAAUUACUUCAGAAGCAAGAACAAGCAGGCCUUAUUACUGAAAAGUGUGUGACUGUGAGUGAGCUACUAAGGCACAAGACUGCAGGAAAUGAAGCAUUUCAAUCAGAAAGGUAUUCAGAUGCAGUUAGGCAUUACACUUGUGCUAUAUCAGGGAACGACGUCUCACGUCCAUUUGCAGCAAUCUGUAUUUGCAACCGGGCCACUACAUACAAAGCUCUGGGGGAGAUAGCAGAGGCCAUUGCAGAUUGCAGCCUAGCAAUGGCUCUUGAUGGAGAUUACCCAAAGGCGAUAUAUAGAAGAGCUAGCUUACAUGAGAUGAUUAGAAAUUACAGACAAGCAAUUAAUGAUCUUCAGAGGUAUUUAUCUCUUCUCCAAAAGAAAUAUUCAGAGGAUAAAGCCACUGAGAUUGAGAUAAGUGAAGCUCGGCUGAGACUUUCCAGAAUAAAACAAGAAGCGAUGAAAGAUGUACCCUUGGACAUGUACCUCAUUUUAGGAGUCAGAAAAUCUGCAACAGCAAUGGACAUAAAGAAUGCUUACCACAGAGCAUCUCUUAGGCAUCACCCAGAUAAGGCAGGGCAGUUACUUGGUAGAAGUGGGAUUGGAGAUGGUGGGUUGUGGAAAGAAAUUGCUAAAGAGGUUCAUAAGGAUGCUGACAUACUUUUUAAGCUGAUUGGAAAUGCGUAUGCUGUGCUUCAGGACCCAGUCCUGCGCUCAAGAUUUGAUCGUGAAGAGGAGAAGAGGAAGGCCUAGAAGGCAUAGUCAAUCUCAGGUCAUUGGGUGGAGUCUGGAGAUGGAUUGGUGGUGACAUGUCACAGAUUGUUGAACAAAGAAAACUCUUCUGGUCUCCAGCUCUUUUUGAUGAAGAGAUGGGUGAUGAUCCUUCAGUGUUGAAAGAUAAAUAGAAGGUUAUAUAGCCUAUUGAUAUACAAGAAUGAAAAUGCAAAUUUAGAUGUCCCAGACAAGGAAAAGAAAUUAAGGUUGUCGUUUGGACUAAAUUCAGGAUUUCUGCUUGUAAAGCGCAAAAGCACAGAGCCUCUUUAUGAUUUGGGGCUUAAAAUUAGGGUGCUCACGAUUCCAUUAACUGAA